CGGACCUGGGAGGGGCGCGGGGGGAGGGGCUGUGAGCCUCUGGGUUCGCGGGCUUCGGGGCUUGCGGCGGGACAGUGACGGGCGCGCUUGGCCGCCGCCUGUGCCGCUUUGCUCGGGAGCCCUGGAACUGGCGCCCGGAAGACGUGAUUUUCAAAGCUAAUUAUGAAAACAUUUGUCAUUGGAAUCGGUGGUGUGACAAAUGGUGGGAAGACAACACUGGCUAAGAAUUUGCAGAAACGCCUUCCAAACUGCAGUGUCAUAUCUCAGGAUGAUUUCUUUAAGCCAGAGUCUGAGAUAGAGACAGAUGAAAAUGGAUUUCUGCAGUAUGAUGUGCUUGAAGCGCUUAACAUGGAGGAGAUGAUGUCUGCCAUUUCCUGCUGGAUGGAAAGCGCAACACAGUCUCUGGUAUCAACAGACGGGGGAAGCGUUGAGGAAAUUCCCAUCUUAAUUAUCGAAGGUUUCCUUCUCUUUAAUUAUAAGCCCCUUGACACUAUAUGGAAUAGAAGCUAUUUUCUGACCAUUCCAUAUGAAGAAUGUAAGAGGAGGAGGAGUACAAGGGUCUACGAGCCUCCAGACGCCCCAGGGUACUUUGAUGGCCAUGUGUGGCCCAUGUAUCAAAAGCACAGAAAAGAAAUGGAGAACAUCUCAUGGGAAAUUGUUUACCUAGAUGGAACAAAAUCUGAGGAGGAACUCUCUUCACAAGUGUAUGAAGAUCUAAUACAAGAACUAGCAAAGCAAAGGUCAGUUUCUGGGGGGAAGAAAGAUGGCGGUGAAGUAGAAGGACGUGAAAUGCAUCCCUCUCCACAGAUGCAUCAGGAAUACACCAAAAGACGCAAAAAUUCCCACAGAGAAUCAGCUGAACACCAGCAAACGACCUUGGACACCAGAAAGGACUGCAAAGAUCCCGACAUAACUGGGUCUGCAAGUGACAGCAUAAAGUUGGAAUGCACCAAAUCCUUCCUGGAGUGAAUUAUGAAAUUCAAAGGAAUCUGUGCAAGAAAUUUAACCAAGAUGCAAUGUGUACUUUGGUACAGUGACAGCCUCUUUUGUUUCUUUGUUUCUCUGUUUGUUAUAUCACACAUGAUUUCUUUAACACACGGAAAAGUAAGUAGUCAUCCAUGACAAUGGACAGGAAUUUACCUUAAUGUUGUUCUCAUUCCAAGAAGUGCACAGAUACAGCAUAGCUCACAAAGAGUGAGUCAGUUUCUCUAGACCAGUGAUUGUCAAACUUUUCUGAAUGGGACCCAGAGUAAGAAAUGAUGUAGAUCACAAUCCAGUGUGUAUGUAAUCUGUUGGUGUGUGUGUUUGUGUGCAUAUGUCUGUAUGUAUAUGCGUUGCGUGUAUCAUAUCAAGUAUUAUAAAGUAUUUACCUCACAUACAAUGUACUCUUGAUAUUUUUCUAUUUUUAAUUUUUUUAAAGUAUUAGUUACCAUUACCACAUCAGUGCUCACCUCCUGCAAAUAAUGGGAUUACCAGGAGUAGUAGUCAUAUUGAAUAAAUCAACAAUUUGCAACAGUAUCUUUUUUGUAUGUUUUGUCCUUGUUGCUGCUGUUAGUGUUUUUCAUAUGUGUCUGAAACUGCUGAAUCAUUUGUGUCAUUUAUGUUGAGACUGUUACAAAUAAGAUUUUUUAUGUUUGUGUUUUAUUUUGUGUUUGUCAAAACAGUGGUCUAAAAUCACAGAAAUAAGUUACUUCAGUGAUAGGCAAUACAGGGGACCUUUCAUUGAAAAGUACAACAGGAGAUCUGUAUAAUCAUAUAAUUUUUGAGGCCUCAUUUAAUGCUGAAAUUUAAAUUCCUGAUCAACUUGUUAUUUAUUAAUAAUAAAUAGAUUGCUCACACCCUCUCAGUCCUUAAAAAUAUAAAAUAUAUUCUUACAUUAACUUUAAACAUUCUCUACAGAUUCAUCUGAUCAGCUGUCAUUACUUAGAAAUUUCUAACUAGCUUGUACUCAGUGAUGACUAGGGGUUUUUUUGGUCACACUGGGGAAAAAAAAUCUGGGCUCAAAUUACAGUUCAUCCACUUAAUAGCUAUAUGCCUUUGAUCAAACCAUUUAAAUUCUAUAUUUCCUCUUUAUAAGAAAGGGGAUAUUAACAGUACUUAGUAUGAGUGUAGUGGAGAGUAAGGAUGAAGUUCACAAUCCCUAAUCCAGCCCCAGAGACAUUUCCUGAUGUAUCUUCUGAGUGUCUCUACCCUCAUUUCCAGUCCCUCAACCCACUGCUGUUCAGCCCCUGGGACCUCCUCUCCUCAAACUUACCAGGACCCUUCCUGCUUCGCAGCCAGUUCGUGUACUGCUCCUGAUACUUAGAGCAAACUCCUACGACCCUUCCCCCCAGCUAGUCUGCUAACUCCUACUCCCCCUUCAGCUCACCCCUAAAAUGCUGCUUCUUAGAGGAUUUCCCUCCUUCUUGCCCUGCCCUCAUAGGGGCUCUCAGCGUUCCCCUACUUUUCCUUUAUGGGGCUAUUCACAAUUGCAGUUAUACUGCCACUUACAGAAUCACUCGUUUGGUGGGCUGUCUCUCCAGCUAGACUGCAGACUCCUUGAAGGCAGGACCUACCUCUGUGACUUAAUUACACACACACCCCUGCUGGCUAGCACUGUGUCUGGCACAUAAUGAACAAAUUAAUAUUGGGUACAUUUUGUAAAUUACUACUCUAUCAAGAAUGAGUUCACAUGCAAGCAGUGUGUUAGUAGCUUCCUGGGGUUUAUUCUUUUUACAUAACAAAGUCCAAGGCAUGGAGUCCAGGGUUUUUGUAUAGCGUUGUCAGGUUUACGGGGAAAAAAACAAAAAGAAAAUUAGAGGGCACGCAGUUAAAUUUGAAUUUCAGGUAAACUAUAAAUAACUUUUUAGUGUAAGUCCUAAAUGUUACAUAUUUAAGACUUGUUUUUCUGAAGUUCUGCAACUUGAAAGUGCCGGUGAAAAAGCCAGGGUCUUUCAUCCUUGGUUUGUGGCGCUAUCACCAGGAGCUCCCAGCACAGGGUCAACUGUCAGGGCAGGAAGCUGGGUACAGGGGGCACAGGCAGCCACAGGCCUUCCGGAAUCACCCAACAAUGACCCCAGUAGCCGGAGCUGGCUCCCAUGGCUACUUCCUUCUGCAAGAGAGGCUGGGAAGGGGCUGUUACGAUAUGAUUUGAGCCAAUUAUGAUUCAUUGCCUGGGGAUGUUGCCAUGAAGGAAAACAAAGCUUUUACUAAGGAAGGAGGAAGAAAUAGGUAAGCAACUCCAAGUAUUAUCACAGCCUUUUUCUGCUUAUCCUCCCUGGCUAUGAUUUUAUCAAGCUUAAAUGGAUGUAAUUUGUGUUACCAAAACAAUACGAUUUUUUUUAGUAUAAAAGUCUAGAUAUGACUUUUCAAACUUUAUUUCCAAGAAUUUCUCUGCCCCACAGAGAGCAAUUGUUGAUUGAAAAACAUCAUCGUUGCCUUUCCCCCCAUUUUAGCAUGUGAAAAUAGGUCAGAGAAAGACUCUUCAUCUUGAAAAAACAAAACAAAAACAAAAAAACUAACAAACAUUAAAAAUGUAAAUGUUCAAAUCAUUUUCAGAAGAAGUAAACAUUUUUGUUUACUAUGAUCAGUGAGAAAUAAAUCAUAAAUUUGAAAUAAAGAAUGCUAGUGCUUCAUUUCCACUGUUUGUUUCCACAUUUAGUUACUGUCAUCAAAGCAGUUAAUGGGAUAGAAACCUGUGUAGAAAGGCACGUGCUCUAUAUAUUGAAAAGGAGCAAAUAUGAAAACUUCACUUUUGUAUGCAUAAAUAACCUCUAUCCUUUAGGAUGAAUUUGCUGUAGGAAGGUUUCAUUGUGCUUAAUGUUAAACACAGAGGAGAGGAUUUAGAAAAGGGCCUCAUGCACAGACUGUUACACUAAAGGGUGAGAUUCGAGCCCAACAAGUUACCUUUUAAGGUUAUGCUUGUGGUAGUACAUAGAACUGUAAAAUGUUGGAGCAGUAUCAGCUGGUCCAAUGUUCUAUAUUUAGUGUAGAAGUUAGAACCACAGCUGGUGACCUGCCCAACCCCGUGCAGCUAGUUACUGGCAGGACCAGAGCCAGGGCAUAAUCCCUGCACCACGCAAACAUGCACACACACAUUUUUCAUUUUAAAGCAAAAAAUCGCAGAAAAAUCUCUUGCUAGAGGACAUCAUCGCACUGUCUUUCCUUUGAAGGGAGCAGAUUGUGGAGACUGGAAAGGCAAGGGCUGUGUCAGGGAAGAAUGAAGCUUUCUGUUCUGGGCUACUGGAGCUUUGUCAAGGAGGCAAGGCAACUCAUGAGGUUAUCUGAGGGGCAAGGAUCAGUGGUGAGCUAACAUGAGCUAUGUGCCACUGUGUGUUUUGCCGACCUUAGGUCUGUGAUUCUAGUUGUCCUUUCAGUAACUGCAGCCAUGGUGGAGACCUAGGGAAAAGCAAGGAUAUGGAAAAGGUAGAAUGGGAUUACUCUCCACUUCUGUGUACACACAGAAACAGAUGAAAAUUGCAGUAGCAGCUUUGGGGCCCUCAUCAAGGUAGCAUGAUCUGCAAAUAAGAAAAUAUCAAAAACAGAAUUUCUUACCAAAGUGAGCAUAGCUGAUGCAUUCACGCCCAGGAGUCCAGAAACACAUCAUCAAUGUAAACGUGAGACUAAAAUAAUGUACUCCUUGCUAGCUUUCAGAUCCAGAGAAGUUAGGUUGUCCUCUUCAAGAUUAAAAAUUGAUACUAAAAAUCAUAUGAAGAAAUCCUUAUUGAUUUUUCUCUUCCCUGUACAGCAAGUUCUUAGAACUUACUGUUGUAACAGUGGUUCUCAAACCUUAGCAUGUACCAGAAUCCUUUGGAGGGCUUAUUAAAACAGAUUGCUGGUCCCCAACCCCAGAAUUUCUGGUUCAGUUAGUUUGGGGGAGCGUACUAAAAUCUGCAUUUCUUCUUUUUUUUUUAAGAACUUAUUGAGAUAUAAUUGACAUACAAUAAACUGCUUGUAUCUAAAGUGUACAGAUUGGAAUUGCCAUAUAUACAUUACUAAUAAGAAAAAAAUACCAAAUUGUACACUCUAAAUAUAUGCAGUUUAUUGUAUGUUAACUGUAUCUCAAUGAAAGUUCUUUAAAAAAAAUUAAAUAAAUAAAUUUAAAAAAUAAACAUAAAGUGUACAAUUUGAUAUAUUUUUCCUUGUUAGUAAUGUAUACACAGCAAUCCCAAACUCCCAAUUCAUCCCACACACCCCCCCCCCCAACGCUUUCCCCACUUGGUGUCCAUAGGUUUGUUCUCCACAUCUGUGUCUCUAUUUCUGCCUUGCAAACCAGUUGAUCUGUACCAUUUUUCUAUAUUCCACAUAUAUGUGUUAAUAUAUGAUAUUUGUUUUUCUCUUUCUGACUUACUUCACUCUGUAUGACAGUCCCUAGGUCCAUCCAUGUCUCUACGAAUGUCCCAAUUUCAUUCCUUUUUUACGGCUGAGUAAUAUUCCAUUGUAUAUAUGUACCACAUCUUCUUUAUCCAUUCAUCUGUUGAUGGACAUUUAGGUUGCUUCCAUGACCUGGCUAUUGUAAAUAGUGCUGCAGUGAACAUUGGAGUGCAUGUGUCUUUUUGAAUGAUGGUGUUCUCUGGGUAUAUGCCCAGCAGUGGGAUUGCUGGGUCAUAUGGCAAUUCUAUUUUUAGUUUUUCAAGGAACCUCCAUACUGUUCUCCAUAAUGGCCAUAUCAAUUUACAUUCCCACCAGUAGUGCAAGAGGGUUCCCUUUUCUCCACACCCUCUCCAGCAUUCAUUGUUUGUAGAUUUUCUGACGAUGCCCAUUCUAACCGGUAGUGAUACCUCUUUGUAGUUUUGAUUUACAUUUCUCUAAUAAUUAGUGAUGUUGAGCAGCUUUUCAUGUGCCUCUUGGCCUUCUGUAGGUCUUCUUUGGAGAAAUGCCUGUUUAGGUCUUCUGCCUAUUUUGGGGUUGGGUUCUUUGUUUUUUUGAUAUUGAGCUGCAUGAACUGCUUAUGUAUUUUGGAGAUUAAUCCUUUGUCUGUUGAUUCAUUUGCAAAUAUUUUUUCCCAUUCUGAGGGUUGUCUUUUUGUCUUGCUUAUAGUUUCCUUUGCUGUGCAAAAGCUUUUAAGUUUCAUUAGAUCCCACUUUUAUUUUUGUUUUUAUUUCCAUUACUCUAGGAGGUGGGUCAAAAAAGAUCUUGCUGUGAUUUAUGUCCAAGAGUGUUCUUCCUAUGUUUUCGUCUAGGAGUUUUAUAGUGUCUGACCUUACAUUAAGGUCUUUAAUCCAUUUUGAGUUUAUCUUUGUGUAUGGUGUUAGGGAGUGUUCUAAUUUCAUUCUUUUACAUGUAGCUGUCUAGUUUUCCCAGCAACACUUACUGAAGAGGCUGUCUUUUCUCCACUGUUUAUCCUUGCCUCCUUUGUCAUAGAUUAGUUGACCACAGUUUAUCUCUGGGCUUCCUAUCCUGUUCCAUUGAUCCAUAUUUCUGUGUUUGUGCCAGUACCAUAUUGUCUUGAUCACUGUAGCUUUGUAGUAUAGUUUGAAGUCAGGGAGUCUGAUU